CCCCUUAGCUGUCGACGUGGGGCCGGCGGCCGGAGGCGGUUGGGGCAGGGGUGUUGGUGAGGAGUGGGAGGCGGGGAUGGGGGGGCUGCGGCUGCUGGCCGUGGCCCUCACGUGCUGCUGGUGGCCGCAGGGCAGCCAGGGUAAGACCCUGCGGGGCCAUUUCAGCUCCACUGCGGCCCGAGACGCUCAGGGGCAGAGCAUCGGUCACUUCGAGUUCCACGGUGACCAUGCUCUUCUGUGCGUCAGAAUCAACAAUAUAGCAGCAGCUAUUGGAAAAGGAGCUAAACUGUACCUGUUCCCAGCUCAGGAGUGGCACAAGCUGCAGGAAAGCAGUCAUGGUUAUAGUUGUCAUGAAAAAUUAGCCAAAGCUCAGUUGGCAAUGACUGUGAAUCAGACUGAACAUAAUCUGACAGUGUCUCAGGUUCCGUAUCCACAAACAUGGCACGUGUUUUACGCAGACAAGCAUACAUGCAGCGAUGAUUCUGAGAAACCUCAGGUGGAAGAUAUCCAAUUCGAAAUGAUGUUGUUAAAUCCAGAUGCUGAAGGGAAUCCAUUUGACCAUUUUAGUGCUGGAGAAUCUGGGUUACAUGAGUUCUUUUUCCUCGUGGUCCUGGUGUACUUUGUGGUUGCGUGCAUUUAUGCUCAAUCAUUAUGGCAGGCUGUGAAGAAAGGCGGACCCAUGCACAUGAUUUUGAAGGUUCUGACGACUGCAUUGCUGUUACAAGCUAGUUCCGCUUUAGCUAAUUACAUUCAUUUCUCCAGUUACUCCAGAGAUGGAAUAGGGGUACCUUUCAUGGGAAGUUUGGCAGAAUUUUUUGACAUUGCUUCCCAAAUUCAGAUGUUAUACCUACUUCUCAGUCUGUGCAUGGGUUGGACAAUAGUUCGAAUGAAGAAGUCACAAAGCAGACCUCUCCAGUGGGAUUCGACUCCUGCAUCCACAGGCAUUGCUGUGUUCAUUGUCGUAACACAGAGUAUUUUGCUGCUUUGGGAACAGUUUGAAGAUACCAGUCAUCACAGCUCCCAUUCCCAUCACAAUUUAGCGGGGAUUCUUCUGAUCCUCUUACGAAUUUGCCUGGCAGUGUCUUUAGGCUGUGGACUCUACCAGAUCAUCACAGUGGAGCGAAGUACACUCAGAAGGGAGUUCUAUAUCACAUUUGCCAAAGGCUGUGUCUUGUGGUUCCUGUGCCAUCCAGGCCUCACAUGUAUUUCAGUCAUUUUUAGUGAGUACCAAAGAGACAAGGUUGUUAUAAUCGGGGUCACCCUUUGCCAGUCUGUCUCCAUGGCCAUUCUCUACAGACUCUUUCUGUCGCACAGUCUGUACUGGGAGGUUUCCUCGCUUUCCUCGGUAACACUACCACUAACCAUAUCGUCUGGACACAAAAGUCGGCCUCACUUCUGAUACUUGAUUUGGGUCAAAGGAAAAGUGAAUUGCUUUGAUGACGUGCAGUAAGGAUCCAAAUACAGUGACUUUUUUUUUUUUUUUUUUUUUUCAUACAUUGGUAUGAAAAAUUGAAAGCAAAAACAGAGCGUGUUGUUUUUAUAACUGCAUUUAAGCAGUACCCAAAACAAAGAAUGAUAAUAAGUGAAAUGCUUUGAAAUAUGCUUAAUAAACUCUCAAGAAAGAUUGUUGUCAUAAGCAAUUUCCCUGUGGAAAUAAAGGU